AUGGCACCUCUCCCACUACCCGGAUUCGCAUCAUUUACCAAGUCCUGGCAUGCUGAGCCAUACCCAUUCAUCUCACCAACAAGACCGGAGCUCUCAGCUGCUGGCAAGAACGUUGUCAUCACUGGUGGAGGCACUGGAAUUGGUCAAGCUACUGGCAUCGCCUUUGCCCAAGCUGGCGCCAAAUCUAUCGCCAUUGUCGGCCGAAGGGUUGAAUGUCUCGAAACUUCAUUAAAGGCUAUUCAAGCUGCCAACCCCUCGACCCAGGUUCUGUUCGAAAAAGGCGAUGUCACCAAGCUUGAGUCCAUAAGCACCGCGCUCAAGAACACCGUUGAUAAACUGGGUAAAAUUGACAUUUUUAUCGCCAACGCUGGCAUGUUACCAAAGGCUGGUCCAGUCUACGGCUAUGAUGAAGCUCAGCUCCGCCAAGGUCUUGAGAUUAAUAUCAUCGGCGUCUUCAACUCUCUCCAAGCAUUCCUCCCCCUCGCAGCCCCAGCUGCAAAGGUCCUCUACGUCGGCUCUGGCAUAGGUCACUGGACCCCAAUGGCUGAGGUACCUGGUGUGUUUAGUUACGCCGCCGCCAAAGCAGCCGCUUUGAAGAUGGUUGACUACUUCGCGUUCGAGAACCCGCAUAUUCAUGUCGUCAGCAUCCAACCUGGGAUCAUUGCGACAGGAAUCAAUCCCGACCUCAGUGUUGGUUUCGAUACAGUGGAGUUGCCAGCUCACUUUAUGGUAUGGCUUGCAUCAGAGGAAGCUGAGUUCUUAAAGGGCAAGUUCACCUGGGCGAAUUGGGACGCCCAAGAGCUUCUGGCGCGAGCAAAAGAGAUCAAAUCGGCUAUGCUCUUGAGAGUCACUUUGAAUGGGGUUGAUAUGUAG